AUGUCUUCUCCCACAAAAGAAAGUGUCAGCUCAGUUGGCCCAGUGGUUGUCGGGGACCAACUACUCUUCGUGCUCUUUGGAGCCUUGUCUGUUCAAACGUAUUUCUAUCAUAUCGGCUCCCGAGAUAAGGCCCUGAUUAGAGCACUCGUCUAUGUCAUCUACGCCAUCAUGCUAACCCAGAUCAUCCUUUCUGGCCACGACUUCUUCGUGCGUUUUGCCAACCCAAACCGUACUUCAAAGCUCAAUUUCGAAAACCUGGGUUGGCUGUAUGUUCCUGUGUUGGGAGGAACAGUGGAGGCUGCCGUUCAAAUGCUUUACGCCUGGAGAAUUUCCGUCCUGUCCCAGAGCCGUAUCGGACCGUUUCUACUAGUAGCGCUCUCAAUCGCGAGUGCAUGUUCAGCGUAUAUUUCUGCUGGCUUUGGAUCUAAAGUUUCCAAUAUAUCCACUCUCAACUCUGAUUCUCUUGGCCUGCGGAUCGCUUCAACUGUAUGGUAUGCAAGCUCAGCUGUGUGCGAUGUGGUGAUUGCAGUGUACAUGGUGCGCCUGUUAACAAGAAGUAGGAGCUAUGUUUCGAGCACCCGUGCUGCGAUUGGAAGGAUAAUCCGCCUCACGGUCGAAACAAAUGCCUUGACAGCGAGUUUCGCGGUGGCCACUCUCGUGCUUCUUCUCGCAACCCCGGGGAAGACUUAUUUCUUGACGUUGUCGUUACUUCUACCCAGCAUCUAUGCCAACGCCUUCCUUGUUAUGCUGAACUUGCGCUACCGACUCACCCAGCCUGGGGUCCCAGACCCUCAACCUUCCUUCUGCAGGAUGUCUCUCAGUACAGCACCUUCCUCAAUGCGGGUUCAUCAGCCCGCAUUAGUGUCAUUCCAAGAGGAGCAUGAACUUGGCAGUAAUUUGCGAGCCAAAGACAGAAGCGAUGACCUCGAGAACCAGUAG